GGUAGUUCUGGAAUAUAUAUAGGACGAUAUAAUAACAUUUUUUCGUUUCGAUAUUUUUCGUCUGAGGUGACACUAUAUCCAAAAUGUAAGUAGACCAAAGUGCAAAGCAUGUAUGUAUACAAACAAAAAAAAGGAGGUAUGGGAGGCAUUCAUCUAGCAGCAAUAGAAACUCAUGAACACUCGUUUAUUUUUUAUUGAAACCACAAAGGUUUGUAGUAACCUUACCGAUAAAAGCUUUAUCAUAAAGACAAUUUUAUGUCAUUCUAGUUAUUGUCAAUGUGAAAACUAAAUGGCUUUACUAAAUUUAGAGACAUGUCAUCAAAAUUAAUUAUUAAUAAAUUCGAAAAUGGUGCAAAUUUUAAAUCUUUGCAGGUUACCAUUGAUGAUGGGAUGAGCAAUGCGUCGGAAGCUAAAUUCAGUGAUUGGGUAGAGGGCAAAAGUCACCAUAAAAUAAAAGAUAUUGAGUCCUCGCGAUUAGUUGUGAAAAUAAUCUCUGAUAAUGAAUUGAAUUACUACUUUGAUUUGGAUUCUUGUGCUAGAGAAGUACAAGUUGAUCAGGUUUUGGACACACAAAAGAUUUUUACGAAGGCCUACGAUGAGUCGAUACCAUACAAUGCAAUGCUAACCAGUCAACAUUUUUUGCAUGAAAUUGAGGAGAGUAACCAUUUACAAUAUCAAUUUCACGAAAGGGGAGAGGAUACAGCUCUCACUCGCACACAAUCAAGUCAAGAUGGGGUAGAAGAACAUGACAGUCCUAUGAGACAAUUUGAAAGGGCCAACGGUGAUAAGAGUCCUUUGGAAUAUAGUUUGGAGAGAGUGAAAGAGAACAAUGCCAGAAUUAUGGAGAAUAUUCAAUUGUUAAACAGAACUCUUAAUUAUACGAAAAAGAAAGAGACCUUGGACAUAAUUUGCCCCAAGCCGAUGCGGUCCCAUCCCUGUGAUACAUGCGGUAAAUGUUUUGUCUAUGAAACUGGUUUAAAGAGACAUUAUGCAACGCGACACGCUAUAACAGAGAUGGCUCCACGUUGGCAGAUUGUAUGGACAUGUAUAGAAUGUUUCCAAGUAUGGCCGCGCCAGGAUUCUGCUCUAAAGCAUGCUAAUGAAUGCUGCAAAUCCGAUAGUGUAGACUGUGUUAGAGAAAUAAAAACUUCAUCUCUUCUACAAUGCGAAUUUUGCGAGAAAGUUUUUACUAGUAUACCAAGACUGUUACGACAUUGCAAGACUCACACAACAGAAAGAAAUUACGAGUGUAAUGCUUGUGAGGCUACUUUCUUGUCAUACAAAACAGCAGAGCAGCAUUGGUUAUUGUGUCCAUGGCUGAAGAUAUGCUAUGGUUUCUCUUUGCCAAAGCUUUUACUUUGCAAUGCUUGUGACCGAAAAUUUAGGAAUUAUGAACAACUUUACACCCACAGAUACAAGACUGGCCACUUUGCAAUUAAGACUCAUGGCAACAAUAGCAAUUUUAAUUUCUAUCAGUGUGAAAUGUGUGGACAGAGUUUCUCAACUGUACCUUCUCUUCAAGUACACAAAGUGCAGUAUCACCCUCGCUAUGAUCUAGGAGUAUGUAACAAUGUUAAAAGUUACAGUGAAUAUCCCAACACCUAUUACUUGGAUAGUGAACAAGAUAAACACCGUGACAACUUUUAAAUUGUUUAACAUAUAUUUUAGUAAAUAAAUAAACAAUACUUAAAAAAUUUAUGUGUGCUAUUUAAUUGCAUAACCCAUAAAAUGUAGAGGAAAUAUAAAUUUUUACUUAAAUCUGUAAACAUUUUUAACAAAUGCCCUUAUGAAACUACUAUUAAAAAGAGAAAUAAUUUGUAUUUUUAUUCUCUCUUUUGUAACAAAAAAAAAACACAAAAAACUACUAGAAGCAAAACCUUUAGGGGUAACAGACUCUUUUUUUUACUGAAAUUUCUUGAAUGAAAGCGGGAGUAUUAAAGCUAGUAUAUAAUGGUGGAAUUAAUG